CUCAGCGCGGCUUCGUCGGCUUCGCCGCUCCCCGCGUGUUCGCGCCCCGCCAGCAGCGCGCCGCCUUCACCAUGGAGGCCGCCGCCGAGGACGGCGCCGCCGUCUCUGGCGAGGAGGGAGUCAAGCUCUAUGUCGGCAACCUCAGCUGGGGCGUGACCAACGACUCCCUCGCCGACGUCUUCAACCAGUACGGCGCCUCCGACGUCACCGUCGUCACGGACAUGAACACCGGCAGGUCCCGCGGCUUCGGCUUCGUCACCGUCCCCGACCAAGCCGUCGCGGAUGCGUGCAUCGCCGCGCUCGACGGCGCCGACGUCGACGGCCGCGCCAUCCGCGUCAACGUCUCCGUGGCGCGCGAGGACCGACCCCCGAGGCCCGAUCGCCCUCCCCGCGACGGCCAACGCCGCGGGUACGAUUUCGACGGUCGCAAGGUGUACUUCGGCAACCUGUCCUGGGGCAUGGACCACCUCGACCUCCAGGAUCUGUGCGGGGAGUUUGGCACCGUGGAGGAUGCGCGGCUCAUCACCGACCGCGAGACGAAUCGCUCCAGGGGUUUCGGGUUCGUGACCAUGUCCACCGUGGCGGAGGCGGAGGAGGUCGUCAACCAGCUCAACGGGCAGGACGUCGAUGGACGCGUGCUCCGCGUCAACAUCGCCAACGUCGACAAGUAAGCGCGACGGGGGUAAGGUGACGAUGUGACUGACGCGUUCCUUCGGGGAAAAAUUACGGAUAUCAUUGUUUUUUGCUAAGUAACACAAACGGGGAGACACGCGGUGGAUGACGCGGCGGGGGAGGC